AUGAACAGUAUUCGUGCCAAGCUACGCAAGUUACCGCCCAAAGCCGUCAUCAAAUUACUGCGAAAAGUGUUCUCAUUGCCUGCGCCUGCAGCUAGGUUGAUCUUGAACGACAUAACCAGAGCCCGAAAAUGCCAUUUACCUUGGAUACAUCGAGUCAAGCUCAAUCCUCAUCAGCAUCAAGACUGGUCUGGCUGCUGGAUUGGGGAAAAUGUCCAGAAACUGGACGAGCAAGCCUUGUUGAAACGGAUCCACGAAGCAGACAUCAUCUUAUUCUAUGUACAUGGCGGUGGAUUUCGUAUUGGUAGUUGCACCAUGUACAUGGACACCAAUAUCGCAUGGAUCCAAGUACUCAAGGAGAAAUACAACCUCAAUGCCAUGAUCAUGGCGAUCGACUACAAAUUAGCACCUGAAUACAAAUAUCCAAGUCCAGUUGAGGAUGUAGUGCGUGCCUACGAACAUCUCAUACAGAAACUAGGGAUCAACAGCGAAAAGGUCAUUGUCAUUGGCGAUAGCGCGGGAGCCGCAUUGUCUCUGGAAAUGUUAUUCAUCACGCAUGACCCAAGCAUGUUUGAAAUAGUGACAGAAGAUGAUGGCAACUCAACUGAGGCGGCGGUUUUGCAAGAACUGCCUAGACCGGCAGGCACCAUUCUCAUUUCUCCCUUGGUCACGGAUGAAACAACGUCUGAAUCAUGGAAGCAUAACCAGAAAUACGACUACAUUACACAAUACACAGCAAAGGUCAUCAAGAAGGACUAUUUCGAGCCUGUAAAAAAGGGCCAGGAACCAGAGCAGCAGGUACUGGGUAUUGCCAAGCUCAAAUCAGGCUUUCAGGCAUUCAUGUCGCCCCAAGUGCUCAUGUACAUUGGCAAUUUGGAAGUGUUGCGCGAUGAUGCCUUACAGCUGGCCAUGAAGGCAGAGCAAGACGGUGUCGCCUGGCAGACGGUGAUUGAGGAUUGUGUGCAUGAUUGGUUUUGCGUGCGUGAAGUGGUCAAGGACAAGGAAGCAUUGAGAAAGGCAGAUGAUAUAUUUGCUGAUUUCUGCUAUUCUGCUAUUGGAGGAUCUGUGCAUCAAAACAGACCUUAUGCCAGCAGACGAGAGUACACACCCACGCCCAGAGACAGUCUAUUGGAAGCAGUAAAGGAAGAAGCAUCUGACGAGGAGGAGGAGGACUAUGACAGUGACUCUACCCCAUCCACAUCAUCCGUCUAUGACGACUUUCGACUAUCCAAAUUAUCCAUUUUCGAGCAUAGCAACAGCAGCAGCCAAAGCGAUGAAGUAACGACGCAACCGCCCACCAACGCAUCGUCCAAACGCUCUUCAGAUAUUGUAUUUGUUUAG